AUCAACAAACAUCACGAUGGUGAGAGCGAGAGCAAAAGCUACGGAGAAGACCCACUUUUGGACGGACGAAGAGACGAGAUUUAUGCUUCUUCAGCUGAAGGAAUUAAACAUUUUAAAGUACAUGGACGGUCGAAGAACCCGAAAUGGGCACCUUUUUAAAAAAGUGGCCGAGAAAAUGCAAGACGCGGGGUGUAAGCGGACAGCGGAGCAGGUCCGCGUACGGUGGAAACAUCUGAAGCAGAACUACAGCAACUCUAAAAAACAAAAUCAGACAGGUGGACUCAACCGUGUCCAGUGUCCGUUUUCAGACUUGCUGGAGGAGCUGCUAGGGGGGCGGACAUUGUUCCCUGCCGAAGAAAACGGCGAGGACAUUGGAUUCCCUCCUGUGGGAUUCAGCCCUUCAACCUCAGAGAGUGUACUGGGGGCUGAGGACCUCGACGACACAAUGGAGGUUAGCCAGCAGGCUGAGGACGACUCUGAGGUGGAAGGGAUAAGCACUCCUCAGCAUCCAAGGACCACCAGCACACCUACACCAGAUGCAGCUGGGACAACAACAAUAAACCCUGCACGGAGGCGGCGCAGUGCACAGAAUAUGGACACACUUUUCCAGAGGCUGGAGGAGAUAAAUACCAGCUUGCAGCAGCAUUUGAGGGAGAGUGGAGAGAGGGAGGAACGACUGGUUCAACGAAUUAUUGACAGCAAUGCCAGUUUGGUCUCUGCGCUGCUGGAGGGCAUACAGAGCUUGCGCCCACCCACCCAUCCACACCCCACAAUGUCUCCACAUCCAGACUCCACAGUGCCUCCACAUUUAGACCCCACAAUGCCUCCACAUCCAGACCCCACUAUGCUUCCACAGCCACUGAUAGAGCACAUUAAAGAUGAAGAAUAAUAAUAAGAAUCAGUUUGUCCAUGAAUAGACACCAUCUCUAAUCUUUAAACUUAAAAGACAAAAUACAACCUACAAUUCAGUUUGUGUAAUAACUACAAAAACACACCUGUUGCAAAAUGGGGCGGAUCCCCUCCAAGUCAAGAGACAUAUCCUCGUUCAUUUUCAGGAAUUCCCUCAGGUUCAUGUCAAGUUUCUCAAACUCCAGACAAUAAUGACCAUUGAAGUUGAAAGAGUCAUUCAGACUUAUGACAUUAAACUUAUCUGAGUUGAGGGCUUUCAUUGUUUUCAGGAUGGCCUCCUGGAAUCAUGAAGAUAGAUGAAGAUAAAGUUGAUGUAAACACACUUGCCAUUGAUUCAAUUAAACAUAUCAAAUGAUAAUACACAAUUACCUCCUCUUUUGAAUCGCCAAUGGCAUUCUUUUUUACGAAUAUUUUUAGAGCCACAGUUUCUUCAGUGGUCACCUUCCGGCAUUGAGUAACCAACCCAUAGGCACCAAACCCCAGGAUUGCCUGCACCUCGUAAUCUGUAGUGGGAGAGGUGAUCCGGUCUCCGAUAUUGACUUUAAUGUCCUCCUCUUCAUCGGAGCAAACGGGUAAAAUAUCCUGUUGAUUCUCACACACCUCAGGGGAGAGGCAAAAAAAAUUUUAGACACACAGUUCCUGUGCAUAUAGCGUGUAAGUACGUGUACAUGCAGGGAUUCAUUUGUCAAACACUGUCAGGAUCAAUUAAAACCAAAAACCCACAAAAGUAGAUUAAUAUAAAUAUAUAUAUAUAUAUAUAUGUACAAUAAACUGCACGACAAUAAAACUACUAAUGAAAAUAUAAUGUUUCUACUAUCCUUCCUUUAUUUUAGAUUUGUCUUUUCCAAGUUGUCUGGUGGUGUGUUUGUGUUCAAUUUUCAGACUGGCUCAUUCAGUGUACAUGUGUUUUAUGCUGUGCUUUGAUGUCAAAGCCGUGUUUAAUUUUUUACUGUGCAUUAAGCAUCAGUGUUGUUGUCAGUUUCCUGUAUUUGUCUGCUUGGACAAUGACACUAGGGUUUUGGGUGAUUCUUCCUCACAUUCCCUGAAAUGUAAAACUGAACUACACCAAAUGACGUAUUGUCCUACUAGUAUACUGGAUCUGAUUAAUUCAAUAACUUACCACAUGAUCCAUUUAUGAAAUGUGAUGCUAAUGUGGUUUGGUAAAGAGGAUUAAUAAACCAAAUGCUCUGUUUUCCUCAAA